GUGCGUCACAAUAUAUUAAAAGAUUCAGCCAGUGCGAGCGAGGAGAGAUAUCACUAAGCACUAGGUGCAUAUCGUCGUCUCUGUGGAGGGGUUUGUUGCUUCUAUUCCGUCUAACCUCAAGGGAGAGCACGCGAAACUGCAAAACUCAAAACCUCAGAAAAUCUAUAAACAGAUAUUAGAUCUUCAUGUCACAUUGGAGCUCUGGAACCUGAAUACCUUCGACACGGUACGGUGCGAAGACAGUCUAGUAACACAUUGCAUAAAUCUAGUCAUCUUUUGUUUGUUUUUCCAACGUUGUCGGAUAAGAUAGCCAGAACCCCAGAGAAAAUCAUCACGACUGUGUGUGUACAAAAGAUCCGACUGCGCCACUUCUCUACCACCUUCUUCGUUUGUUCUGUUGCAGCAUCCCCACUUCACCUCCAGUAAACAAUAACCUUAGCACGUUUCCCGCUCACCAACAGGAUACAAAAAGGAUACGAAAAAGAAACAACUAGACUGGGCAUUCGUACAGAGCUUCACAAUUACGAUGGUUGAUACUGGUGUGGUCAAGAGGAAGGAUACUACAAAGGGUCCUCCUUUACGUAUAUUAUCUCUAGAUGGAGGUGGUGUACGAGGAUAUUCUAUGCUCAUAAUUAUUCAAGAGCUCAUGCAUAGAACCUAUGUCGAGAUCGAAGGAAAAGCGCCCCGACGAGAUCAAAUUCCAAAACCUGCCGACCAUUUCGACUUGAUAUGUGGUACCGGAACGGGCGGUUUAAUCGCGAUUAUGCUUGGCAGAUUGCGAUUAGAUUUGGAGACUUGUAAAGAAGUUUAUGUACGAAUGACGAGGAAAGUUUUCGAAACGGACAAAACAAUUGCGGGUAUACCAUAUCGAUCGACUUUAUUCAAGGCUUCGAAGUUGGAGGAAGCGAUCAAGGAGUGUGUUAGAGAACAUACAUUAUUCGAGAAGGAAGGAAAUGAUGGGGACAAAUCCGCGACAGGAUCCGCGUUUCCUGGAAGUCCGAUUAGCCCAUUCAGCCCGACAGCGAGAGGAGAACCAAGACGACAUUCAAGUAAUGCUAGUGUCGCAAGUUUCAGUAACAGAAAUCCUGCGAGCUACCAAAAUAAGCCAUACAUGUCGUCAAGGUGGGGAAAUCCCAACGCUAGAUUAUAUGACAAUCGUCCAGAAAGGACCAAGACUGCCGUAACGGCAAUUUAUAAAGGUACGCGCAAAGGUGGUAUGCCAGCCAUAUUGAGAUCCUAUGAUUCACGAAAAGAGCCAUCACCCGAAUACGAUUGUAAAAUAUGGGAAGCAGGAAGAGCAACAUCAGCCACAGGACUCGCAUUCAAGCCCAUUCAAAUCGGACAGUCAGUGUUUAUAGACGAAGGAGCUGGCCAAUAUAAUCCCGCGCCAUUUGCUCUCGAUGAAGCUACAGUAAAUGAAUGGCCUGGUCGAGAUGUCGGUGUCUUUGUCAGCAUAGGGACAGGAAAGAGGCCACCAGGAAGCGAUCAGAACCAACAUAUCUGGUAUGAAGGUUUCUUGGGCGAAUUCGCAGAUGCCAGAAGGCGACUGAUAGCUAAAAUCGAAGGAUGCGAAACCACGCAUCAAUACAUGAAGGAAGAACAUCUAAGCAAACGAGGCGUGAAUAUUGAAAAUUAUUAUCGACUAAAUGUGGAAAUCGGUGUAGGAGAAUUUGGUAUGAAUGAAUGGAAUCGCCUCGCAGACAUAAGCACCGGUACCCGAAGAUAUCUUGGCAAAAGCGAUGUUCAAAAAAUGAAUAUCGAGGCAGCUGUGAAGUUAUCAAAAAUUCACAGAGCGAUUCAGAGAGCUAAUGGUCAUAUGAGGGUACCAUCAAUGGGUAAUAGAGGAGAAAGUUAUAAAAAUUUACCGGAUGUUCCAGAAGCUAAUCCAUUGGCCGUGGAACUCCCAGCUGAAGUCCCUUCCUUGACACCUCUUUCCGGUAAUGCAGCUUGGACACCAUCUCCAAGACCAAGUUACGAAUCAGGACAUCAUGAUAGUCUUGAAGUUGCUCCUCUUGGUUCUGUCAAGAAUGAUCCUUUUUCGCCAAUCUCGUCUAUAGAUCAUUCAUCACCACAUUCAUCUCCUUUGAGUCAUCCAAUAGACCAUGGCGAUAGAUUAACGAUUAGUUCUCCAACCCCAUCAGAAUAUCGCACGGCGUCUGGGUCUGACAAAAUUGCAAUCAUGAGUUUGGAUGAAUAUCCUAGACCAGAAAUUAGAAUCUCGGAUCCGCCUCCGAGAAACCCAAGGAGAGUUUCGGGUCCACCGCCGGUACCACCGAAGACACCGAUCAAUGGGGAGAGGCCUGGAGAUGCUAUGCAGAGGAGACCUAUUGGAAAUGGAAAUGGAAUUGUAGCACCUUAUCCGUUGGAAGAUGGACCGCCCCCAGUGGUCAAUAUGGCAAGGAAGCCUAAUUACGGGAGAUAGGGAAGUCAAGUGGAGAGUGAUCAUGUGAGUUGGCGAACUUGAUGAUUCGGGUGGAGAUGAUGAAUUGGAAAGGGAAUUGGCGUUCGGCUCGAGGUCUCAGAAAUGAGCAGCUUAUUGAUUUUUUAUGGGUUAUGAUGGAGUUCGGAAUCAGCCGAUUGGUUGUUGCGAUACCUUUUUGUUUUUUAUGUUUCUAUGGAGACGAUUGGAAUGAAAGCGGAUGAAUGGGGGGAUCGCCAUACCAAUGGAAUUGAUGCGAGUGGAUUGGAUUGGAGUGAUACGUCCUCCUGCACGGGAAUAGUUUUGAUAUAUAAGUAAAUAGUUUUUCUUUCUUAAGGAUUUGAAGAUUUAUUUAUCAUUCAAAUUAAUGAAUCAUUCUUACCUACA